AUGGAUCGUUCCCGUGGACUCAGCUCAAGGCCGGCAAGCAUAUCUUGCAUGCCGUGGUCCCCCGAGCCUCCAGCACUCUCGACUCACCUCCGAGACUGCUCCGCCGAGGCUGCCAUGGAAAGGCAGAUGGGCUUGAACCUCCAUCACCCAAGCUUCAGCGGCUACCUCAUCCAGGGCUUCAAUCAGAACGGCCGAGAUGCCAUCGGACAGCAGCUCGUGGCCUAUCCAAUCUCUCAACAGCAACAGCAGCAACUGAGCUUCAGUACUGCUGCCCCUCUUUCACGAGGCCUCUCCUCUCACAAUUGGCGGAUACUCUGCCCCGAUGGAAACGUCUUCACGCGCUCCCCUCCUGUCCAGACGACUGCAGCAGCUCAUGUCCCAUCAAGCAUGGGGCAAGCCGAGAGAAGGGGGAUCACGGCGCCGACUGGGCCUGGCGUCUUCAACGACGGUUAUGCGUAUUACUUGAAUCGGGGCAACGGCGAGCUGACCAGACUUGUCCCGGCCGAUAUGCUGCCCGCGCUCAACGAGAUUCCGCCAAGGGAGCCCGAGAGGCGCGGAAUGGUGGUCUUGCCGCCGCUGAGAGGCAUUCCGCCCAAGGGGAUGGCGGAUAUGAGCCAGACCAUCACCGUCAAGCACCAGAUCGACCGCAUAGUCGCCACAAGCCCCUCGACAUCAAAGAAGAACAAGGUAUACUGCGACAUGUGGAUCCACGAGGGACGAUGCGCCUUCACGCAGACGGGCUGCAAAUUCAAGCACGAGAUGCCCCUGGACGAGCCCUCGCAAAAGGCCCUGGGUCUCUUCCAGGGCCUGCCCGCCUGGUACAAGAAGCAGCAGCAAGAGCAGAGCAUGUGGGCGUCCCGUGAGAAUUCGAGCUCGGAGACUUCGCCUACGGAGGCGCCGUCGUCGCCGAGCGACUUUGCGUGGCAGAGCCGGAGGGCGGCGAGAGUUUCUGCUUCGAUGGAUGCUUUGGGUGCGAUGGUGGCGGACACGAAGCCCGAACCUCAUGCCUCCCGGGCGGCGAAGGGCCGCGUUGCUCAGUUUGUUUGGGGUCCGAUUGGGCCGCCUAACAAACCAGCAUCGGACAAGGACCCCUGGGGCAAGGGAACAGGAGGCAAGAUGUAUGAUGUCCCGGGACCUCAAUGA